GAGUCAGUUGGUUUUCAUUUGUUGAGGUGGAAGGUCGGUUGAAAAUUUGUCUGUUUCCAACAUCGCUUUUCGUAAUAUAUAUUAUAUAGGCGCCAAAAAAGUAGUGUACGUUUUCAAUUUAUCAAAAUGUGACUUUUUUUUAUUUCUUUAUCGAUUGUUUAAAUACUCUGAUUAAAAUUGAUGUGAUAUAUAUUUUUGAAUAAAUUAUUGAUAGUUCGCAAAUAUGAAUGCGAAAGUGGGACCCCCUCUCAUGGUACCUCACGUGGAUAACAACAAAUAUCAAGGAGAUGAAGGACAGAUAUACGAAGUCGACCGAAAUGGUGGGUUGGUGCUGCAACAGCAGUGGGUGACGUUGACUGCGAGUAUGUGGCCGGAGCCUACAACCGCCUCAACGAGGGGCUGGAAGAUCUCUUCCGAGCGUUUACCUUUGUUGGCCGCCGUAUUUUGUGGUGCUGCGCUAAUAGUUUGUUUAAUCUGCGCUUUCUUUCUUUAUCGUUGUUGCGUCAUGCCACGUAGGGAUAAGCAUUAUUGUAUUAGGAAAACAGACGGAACUCCUACAGGUACUCAAGUACCAUCAGUAGUUUCCCCGGCCUACCCAAACCAAUCUGCUGUUUUCGCUGAACAAAAAGGAUGCUCUUGGGGUUAUAGCAAUAAACUCGUUGCACCUACCCAGCCCAGUCCUUGGUACAUACCGAGAGUAAUAGGCGGACCUCAAUGCACGCAGUGUCCUGGAGUUUGUCCAGUACCCAGGAGUUCUAGUAAUCCCGGUAAUUCAACGAACGCGGCUUCAAGUAGUUCCACGAGUAGAAAACAACGACCACUAAGUCAACCGAUACCAUCAACCGUGAAUGGUGAAAUUGUACCAAAAGCUCCAUUACCAGAAAUAUCAGAAUUUUCACCGAGCAGCCCUCAAUAUGCUUCUAGCAGUAUUUUAGAUGAAGUUAGUACCAAAGAUGAUAAACUCAACGGAGAACCUACUUUGAAAACUAGAAGUUUACCAGCUUGGGUAAGGUCUAAACCGAGACCUCUAUCCACAGAAGAUGACAUCAAUGAUUUAUACGCUAAGGUUAAUUUUAGUAAAAAACGAAAAAACCGCAUGCGCAACGACGAGGCAGCCAUAAUAGCUUUAAGCAAGUCUAGGAGUCAAUUUUUACACAAGGACACAGAUUCCUUAGUCGACAACGAAGCUGUUAUAGUGUACGACGAACGCACAGCUUUGUAGAUUUUUGUUUCAUCCCGUAAUUAUUAAAUACGUAACAUGAAAUAUCAUAUGUGGAAUAUAUUAUGUGCAAGACUGUACCCUGGAAUUAUCUUUUUAUCUAGAUUUUUAAUCCCGAAUUCCUUUAAGAUGGGGAAAUUUUGAGGCGGAAUUAUACGAGUUAACGACUCUAGAUUUUCAUCUAAUUCUAGGUUAUGUUCUUAUUUUUUAUUAAAAACAAGUUAUAAUGUAGAAAUUAUUUACUUUAUGAUAUCACAAAUAACGGACAUAUCGUAAACAAUGUGUAAGACUUGUGAUCGACAAAUAAAGUUAUUAGUUUUAUAAGUUAUAAAGUUACCAAUGGUAGACUGUGGGAGUUCCAAAUACCAUCUAGAUGAAGUCUUAUUUCAUCUUACUUACAGUUGGUUGAGGUAUAGCAACAGAUGACAUAUCUCAACAACAAUGAAACGCACAAAUAUCUCCCGUGAAUUAUUUUUUCAUUGCCUUGCAAAGGUCAUUGAAGCGACCUUUAGUUUUUCCCUUUACUCUUCUAUACCUAUUCUCAUAAGAGUUUCCUGGGGCGACCAUGACCAGUAAAGUAACCAGUAAGAUCCAAAUACUUUUUUAAAGGAAUAUCAGGAUGAGCCAAGGACUAAAUAACGUUAAGAAGAACAAUAUGUCAUCAAAACUGAAGCUCCCAAUGAACAAGUGUUGUCUGCUCUUCCUUACAAAUAAGAAAUCGAGGAAGCUUGUACAUCGUUUAUGAAGAUCAAGAAGCUUCUCUGUAGCCGCGACCUCAACUUGGAUUCUCAAGUUCUAUGUAUUCCCAGUUCUCUACGAUUGAACCCCACAUUGCGAGCUAGCCCUAGAAGACGCCUUCGAGGUAUGGAUCCACUGUAGGGUACUGGGAAUAUAAUGGGAUCAAUGUAGAUGUUCUGAGAAGAGUGGAGAAGGGCGUGAUGAAGUGUAAAGAAGAAAACAAUAUCUUGGUCUCAUCAUAAAAGGUCCAAAGAUCCUUCAGGAAUUGUAGGAAAAAGAUCUAUUGGAAGAAAAAGAAUAUUUUGGUUUAACGUAAUAACAUCUGACCUAUUUAGAUUUUGUUAUUUGUUAUCUUCGAACCUUUCCCAACAAAAUAUCAAACGUAUUCUCAUUAUUAAAAAAUACUAUUGAUAGAAAUAUAGAAAGAAACAAAGUUGAAGAAUACCACUGGCAAUUUCGAUUCAUUUUCAUUCUUUAUAAUAUUGGAAAUUCAGUAUCAGCGAUGCUCUAACCUAUAAAAAUCUCUCUCCUAUAAGUAAACUUCAAGAUUAUAAAACUGGAAACAGUCGCUGGGGGCCAGAUUUGGUAGUCACGGUUGUUUGUCAACCAAUUCGAAGUGCAAUUCACGAAUUUUAAUCAUGGUGAUCACCAAAGUAUGAGAAGGUGCCUUGUACUGAUGAAAAAUCUCAUAACCAUCCAAAAAAUGGUUGUCAUCACUUUCGGAACACGUUUGCCUUUGGCAAUCUACUGUCUUGACUAGUUUCCCUUUUCAGUAGUGUAGUAGACCAGGUUCCAUCUACUGUUAUUAAUUAAUCCAAAAAAUCUGCUACUAAAUGUCGAUGAUCGUUGUUGAAAAAUGUUCAAAAAGUUCCACGGAAUAAUACUUUUGAACUAUUGGUACUAUUUUCUUUUGCUCCUUGUUUCAUUUCCGCAGUUUAUGGGACACAAAUUCCAUUGUCUUUAAAAGAGUUGACAUUUUAAGAUAUGGUACUUUUGAACUACUAUUUCCUUAUAUUCCUUGUGUUUGCUUAGAAUUCUGCAGUUCAUAAGGCGCAUUUUUUUAAUAAUUGAUGUCUUAAAAGGUGAUACAUUUGAAGUACUUUCAUUUCUUGUUUUAUUUGCUGAUUAUUGAUGCGGUUCAUGAGAUACAAAUUUUGUUUUCUUUUGAUUAAUCGACGAAUUGAAUUGACAUUUCAAAAUUUGGUACUUUUGAACUACUAGUAUCACACUUUACAUAUGGUCCUCGUGUUUACUUGAAAUCUUGUUGUAGUUCAUAAGGCGCAAUUUUUUAUAAUUGAUGUCUUAAAAGAUGGUAGAUUUGAACUACUUGUAUUUUUGUUUCAUUUGCUGAUAAUUCUUGCGGUUCAUGAGAUACAAAUUUGGUUUCCUUUUGAAUAACCGACGUCUUGAGGAAAAAAAAAAUUGUAAAGUUCUAAAGCUUCCAUAGAAUUUAUAAUUAAGCUCGUGAGGAUUUGAUUUUCCAAUAUAAAAUGCAAGUGAAUUGUCAUAAACCUUCUUCUGAUACACCCAUAGUGCUCGAGGCCUAUCAGAAGCCGAAGUCCUUGGAAAAACCAGUCAUUAGGUUUCUCAGUAUGAGAAACAAAAAAAUAGUUGCUCUAGUAGCAUGUAAGGUUCAAAAUUAUAGUCCAAUUUUAAUUAUUUAUGUAAAAAAAUGUUCUUGUCCUUUUUUAAGUCAUAUUUUUCUUCAUUAUCUUGUAAAUAGUAAUUUAAAGAAUGAUGUUUGUAACUCCUACAGUAUUAUGAAGAAAUUGAGAGGAAUUUUGAAAAUUUUCUAGUAUAUUUUCCUGUGAUAAAAAACUUUGGCUUUGAGAUUAGUUUAAGAGAAAAUUUGUAUUUUAGACCUGCAACAUUUGAAGACUGUAUUUGAUAUAUUUAGAGGUAGUAGUGACAUAUAAAUUUUUAGAAAUUAAAAAUUUUUUCAUGUCUCGCUCAUUAUGUAAAACAGAUUUCGAUUAUAACACAUAUUUACAGUUCUUCAAGUAAUGUUAGAAGCAUGUUUCAUAGUGGACAACCCGAUUUCGCAUCUAGAUAUCAUAUUUGUGCUCACAUACAGUGUCUCUACAAAAUAUGUAUGCAAAUAAAAAAUUAUUAUAUAAA